UUCUCUUUAGCUUGUUUUGACUAGUCUUUCUAGCUCGUACAUUGCAACACUCGCGAACCUGGUAUUUCUACCCUUCACCUGCUUCAAUUUACCCGAAAGAUGCCCACUUGAUGAGGGUGGACUUCCAAAAAAGCUGCGGGUUUAAAAAUUGUAGCCGUUUCAAUAUAAACUCUCUUUGCGUACUGCGUAAUUACUCCUCGCCUUUGGAUCACGCUUUUUUCUCUAUUAUUUCUCAGGGUCUACAAGCAUCUGAUUAGUCUGAAUUCCUCGCUGCUAUUUUGAACUGCAAAACCAAGUGGUUGAUAUUUUGCAGCUACUUUUGCUUCGAUCAGUAGUCUCAUCCACUGGAUGGCUGUUGUUCAGUUUUUAGCCCCGUUUUUGUGCAGAUGGUGGAAUUACGGCCCCUUUCUCUUUGCGCUUUCUAUCAUCUUUAUUUUGGUUGUAUUGGCGCACGUCUUUCACGUCUACGGUUGCAUUUGGGCGUAUGUCCAGCACGGCAGGGCCCUUUCAUCUUUCAGACAAAACCUGCAUUUCAGAAACCUUUAUCAAUUACAAAGAAGAAUCCUGCUUUUAUUUAAAAUAUCCCUUGUCCAGAAUGCUCGACUAUCCAACUCGCAGAAACUCCUGGUCUUCCUAAUAAUCAACCUCUGUUUCAUGGCAGUCGAGCUGAGUACCGGCAGACAUACAAAUUCCUUGGGUCUAGUUACCGACGCAUUCCAUAUGCUGUUCGACUGCGCGGCCUUGGCUAUCGGAUUACUCCCCCUCAUCAUCUCGAAACGAGGGCCCAAUGAUGAAAUCCUCCCCUACGGUGCUAGUCGAGUAGAGGCUCUUGCUGGGUUUAUCAAUGGAGUAUUUCUUUGCCUUACUUCACUCACUAGCUUUGUUCGCUCAAUUAGAAGGCUUUUUCUUCCACCAGAAGUCCUUACUGACAACCUACUUCUGGUCUCUUUCCUGGGACUGACACUCAAUCUUAUUGGAAUUUUCAUCUUCCAUCCACACAGCAACACGGAGCCUUCUGAACUCAAAAGACUACACUACCAUCACUGUCACAGCGAAUAUUCCGAAAACCUCUAUAGCAUCUUUCUGCAUCUCCUUUCUGACACACUGAGCAGUGUCGGACUUAUCAUUUCCACUUACCUGCUGAAAUAUUACGACUGGAAAAUCGCAGAUCCUAUCUUCUCACUUUGCAUAUCUGUCUUCAUACUUUUAUCAACUGUACCAUUUCUCAAAAAAUGUACCGCCGAAUUUGUGCGAAUUCACCCCGGCAACUCUUCGCAAAGCCACAAACCCGCGCUAUCGAAAAACUGCCAACCUUCGACAUUGCCAACUGCCGCCAGUAGCCAUAGCCUAAUGCAUCUGGCGAGCUAUUCAACACAACCUAAUUUCAACUCUCUAUCGAUCGAUGAUGCAACUCGUCUUACAGCCCCGGAAUCUAAAACGUGACAACCUAACAACCCCUACCUAAAAAAAACUAGCGGAUAAAAGUCUACUCCCUUAACACCCUCUAAACGUAAAAACUUUUCAUAAAGUAAAUGCUGUCAUGCCUCACUUUUAGGGUGCACGCAACUUGAGAAGCACCAAAAAGCCUCAACAUUCCCUAAUCAACUUUCAAGAAAGCACUCCGUCUAGCCAGUCAUUUCCAAAACGUCGCUGUGGCGGACACAUUAAAAAAACCAAGACUGCCGUUACAAAGCGUGUAACUUCCCAAACGGAAACAGGCGGAAAGACCAAGCUUAGACUACCUAGACAUACGCUCUAGCUACUCUAAUCUAUUGUACUUAUCUUGCGAAGACGAAUAGCGACGACGAUAUCAGCCCUAUACCGCGAACUUUACGCAAGUGGAGCUUUUUUUCUGUACAAACUUGGUCUAUCUUCAUACGUGAUACGCGUACAUAUCACAUGCAGAAUUUCUCCUGCUGGUGUACAUAAAUCUCUUAUGUCUUCUAAAAGGCAUGCGAUAGUCGCCUGAUAUACGAUGCAAAAGCGUUUGUCUUUCCUCAUGUCUUGCACGUUGGGCUUAAUUGCUAAAAGAAUUCAAGAAUGGGGCCUUUUUUGACAAGUCUAUAUUAUUGCUGUUUGUCUAUUUUUCAACACUUGAACACCCGAAAAUUUUUGAUGUCAAACUUUUUCCGAAUCGCCCUAGGUCCUUAUUAACCUUAUUUUCACAGCUUUUCGCACUGAUGUAAAUCUGAGGCGCUAGCUAUUUUUCCAAACUUCUUUCCAGCUAUGUUUCUCAAAGCAUUGCCGAGCCAGUCUAUUUCUGGCUUUAGCCCCUACUUCGUCUCUACCAAAAAGUUUUUUUUGGCUUCUCGUCUUGUUGACAAGUGUCGUUUGCGUAGCAAUACCUCGGCGUUCCGUUUUUCUAGGCUUUUUUGUACUCAGAGCUACCUUACCAGCUCUGACUUUGUUCAGACCGUUAGCAAACUCCAGGAAAUUUUUGUUCUCGCGGGGGUCGAGCUGGCUCUGCCCCAGAUUGUUGUCGUGGGAUCUCAGUCCAGCGGAAAAAGUUCUGUUUUGGAAAAUUUGGUGGGCAGGGAUUUCUUUCCUCGAGGUGCUGGAAUCGUGACCAGAUGUCCCCUCAUUUUGCAGCUUAAUAAGACGGCUUGCCCGCAAGAAGAAUGGGGCGAAUUCUUGCACCAACCAGGAACGAAGUACUUUCAAUUCGAUCUGAUCAAACAAGAGAUCCUCGAAGAGACUGUUCGUAGAGCAGGAGGAGGUUCGGGUAUCGUCGACAAACCGAUCCUUCUGAAAAUAUUUUCCCCGAAGGUGAUUGAUUUGACAUUAGUCGAUCUUCCAGGAAUCGCUAGAAAUCCAGUUGGAGAUCAGCCCAGAGACAUCGAAUCUAGGAUCACUAAUAUGAUACAGUCUUACGCGUCUCAUUCUAAUUCGAUCAUACUCGCCGUUCAUGCCGCGAACCAAGACAUUGCAACGAGCGAUGCCAUCAAGUUGGCGGCUCAAUCGGACCCGAAACACACACGCACGAUCGGUGUUCUCACCAAAUUGGAUUUGAUGGAUCGCGGAACCGACGCCAUGGAUUUGCUGCUUGGAAAGCAAAUGCCUUUGCUGCAUGGAUGGAUUCCGAUUGUGUCGAGGUCCCAGGCCGAUAUAGACCAGGGCAAGACCAUCCAAGAAUCGCUGAUUGACGAGGUUGCUUGGUUUCGAAAUCAUCCUAUAUAUUCAUUGAUCGCCAAUAAGGCUGGCACCCGAUAUUUGGCGGUCACGUGCAAUCGGCUCCUUUCCGAGCAUAUUGAGAGGUCUUUACCCGAUUUGAGGAACAAUAUUUCCACCAAGAUCAGACAGCUCAAGGCCGAGUUGAAGGUGUACGGCGAACCUCUUUUUUCCAAUCCGAGUACGUACGGGCCCUAUCUCCUCAGCUUAGUUAAUUCUUUUUGCCAGGCAUACAAGGACAACGUCGACGGUGUGAACCGGGAACUCCAAAUAGACCAGUUGAACAGCGGAGCGCGCAUUCGAUAUAUUUUGAACGAAAAUUUUGCACAAGCUUUACAAUCCGUUAAACCGCUCACUUCUCUUUCGAUUUCCGACGUUCGCAUGGCGAUCCUGAACUUGACCGGACUUCGUCCGGCACUCAUGGUUUCCGAACAGGCCUUUGAACAGCUGUCUAAGAAGCAAAUUGAGUUAUUCCGCGAUCCGGCGCUCCAGGCGGCUGAAAUGGUGUAUUCUGAACUGGUUCGAGCCGUGAAAUGUACCGAAGUACAGGAGAUUUCGAGGUUUCCGAGACUGGUCAGCCGAAUUCAUGAGAUGGCUCUAAAGACGCUUCGUCGCGACUUCAAGGAAGCAGUCGAGGCGAUUCAUAAGUUUAUUGAUUUGGAGCUGGGUUAUAUUGACACCAGCCACCCAGAUUUUGUAAAGCAGCGCAUGCAUCACCAAGAGUCCGUUCAGGAACAACAUGACGGCUACGUCGCAGAUUCUCUGAGCUGCUCCGAGAGUCAGGAGAAGUCUAAGAAUGGCCUGGCCAGCCAGUUUUGGUCAAUACUGUUUGGGCCGUCCGAGCAAAGUUCGCGACCCAAGUCAGAAUUGAAGUCCUCGCCGCCGGAAUCGGACUCCGCGCUGGGCGGCCUGCGAUCGCUCGGUGCCAAUGUCCGAAUCGAGGACAUGUCCGAGCAAGAGAUGGCGCAGGUGAGGAUGAUCGUCCAGUUCUUACGAAUUUACUUGGGCAUCAGUCGAAAGAGCAUUCGAAACGCAGUCGUGAAAAUCAUUAUGGUCAACAUGGUGAACAGAAGUAAGGAGUCAAUACAACACGACCUGGUUGACGCGUUGUACCGUCCGGAGCUGUUUGGAGAGCUGUUGGUAGAAAGUCCCGAGAUUGAAGAGAAGAGAGAGGCGGCCAGGGAGGCCCUCGCGCGGUUUAAAGCUGCAAACAAGGUCGUUCGAAGUUACAACGAGGGCAUUUGACCGUUGGAGAUUGUGCGCAUCGAUUGAUUGUGGUUGACCGUUGGAGAUUGUGCGCACCGAUUGAUUGUGUAGUAGGAUCUGUUGGGCAGUCGCCUGAGUCGAUAGAGCGUUCGCACAAAGGAAGGUGGCGUGCAGAAGCGUUUCACUUGUGAUUUGCGUUUCACGUUGUUGUGGUGGUUCGGCGCGAAGCGCUGAAGAGAGACUAGGUCGGUCGAACGUACGAAUUGCCCAAUUUUACGUCUCUUUUCUUGUUCAUAUUUUCUUUAUUGAUCAUGGCAUGCAGUCUGAACAGAGACGCUGGGGUGAUUCCGGAUAUUCUGCUCGCCUGCCCUAGAGUUUCCGGUCUGAUUGCUGACAGCUUUUCUUUUUCUUCGUUGCUAAGAGCGUUGAACUGAAAGUAGUUGAUGUCUGGCGGGAAUUUUAGGCCUUCGUCUUUUUUGAAGGCCAGUGCAUCUCUUUUUUGCCUCUCUAAAUAGUCUCCGUACAAGCACUCGUUUCUGCAGUAUUCUCCGACGUGGUCGUCGAUAGGCGCGAGUUGGUCCGGAAAGGCGGCUUGAAUGUCCUUCCAGCCUAUUUCCUUCCUCCGAAGGACCUCCGAGGCGGACAGUGGGCGUCCGUCCAUGGAGAAUUUGGUUGGCGUUAGACCGAGCGCGUUCCAUUGAUUGGGCGUUAGUUUGAGACUGCAGAGAAUUUCCUUCGUGCGAAGGCAACCUUCCAACCGGCGACAAUACAGUUCGUAUCGUUCUCUCGAAACGCAUCCUAGUUCGUGUCCUUUGGGAGUUAAUCGGAAGUCCGCGUUGUCGGCUCGGAGGGUGAGGCGAUAUUCGGCUCUGGAAGUGAACAUUCUGUACGGUUCGUUGGUUCCUCGAGUGAUUAAGUCGUCUAUCAAAACGCCGAUGUAUCCGUCCGCCCGGUCCAUGACAUAUGGCUCCCUUCCUUGGACCUUGAGCGCGGCGUUCAGACCGGCCAUCAGGCCCUGGGCGGCCGCUUCUUCGUACCCGGUCGUGCCGUUGAUUUGUCCAGCGAAAUAGAGACGGCGGAUUUUUUUGGUUUCCAAAGUUCUCCAAAGUUCUCUGGGAUCCACAUAGUCGUAUUCAACCGCGUAGCCGUACUGCAGGAUUUUCACCGCCUCUAGGCCCUUGAUACUGUGAACAAACUCCUCUUGGACGUGUCUUGGCAAGCUGCACGAGAUGCCGUUUGGAUAGAUGACCGGAGAGUUCAGACCUUCAGGCUCCAGCCAAAUGUGAUGACUUUUGUUCGGAAAUCUCUGAAUUUUAACUUCAAUGCUGGGACAGUACCGCGGGCCCUGACCCAGCCCCUCCUUGCCGGAAUCGAAUGCGGGUGCCAAAUGCAUAUUCUCAGAAACUAUUUUGUGCGACGUCUCGUUGGUAUGAGUCAUCCAGCAAUGCUUUUGGUCUCGGAUCAAGUCGUCUCGCGUGUGCAAAAAGCUAAACGCAGCCGGCCGCUCAUCUCCCGGCUGAACCUCCAAGUCUGUAAAGUCAACCGUAUGCAGAUCCAAUCUCGGUGGCGUGCCCGUCUUCAGACGCCCAAGGCUGAAACUGAAGGCCUUGAGCGAUCUAGACAGUCCGCUGGAUGACGGAUCUCCCAUCCUCCCCGCAGAAACUCGCUCUCUUCCAAUGUGAAUGGUUCCACAAAGAAACGUUCCGGUCGUCAAGACCACCGAUCGACUCCGAAUACUCGAACCGUCCGACAGCUGCACACCGCACACCGCUUCCUUCUCCACAAUCAAAUCUUCGACACUGGCUUCAAGCACGUCCAAAUACUCAUUCUUCGUCAGCGCAUCCAUCAUGUGCAUUCGAUACAAGUCGCGGUCCACUUGACAUCUGUACCCGUGUACCGCAGGUCCUUUACUGGCAUUCAAUACACGAAAUUGAAUCCCCGCGCGAUCGGCAACUAUACCCAUCAACCCACCAAGAGCGUCCACUUCUCGAACCAAAUUCCCCUUUCCCACUCCGCCAAUAGAUGGAUUACACGACAUGGCGCCUGGACUCAAAGAAAUCAUCCA